UUUACAACCAUAUUCUUCUCAUCUUUGCUUUUACAGAUGCUUUACAACUCUCUCUCUCUCUCUCUCUCUCUCUCUCUCUCUCUCUCUCUCUCUCUCUCCAUUCCUUCGAUCAUUUUCUUCCGGCAUUCAUUGAUUACUCACUCGAGAUCUUAGAGUAAAACCCCCUUCAAAUAAUUACUCACGUUCCUUGGUUUUUAGCUCAUAAUUAUACCAACCCCAGUUCAUUAAUUAGGGUUUAACCCUCUUUUCUCAUCAGGCUUCUUUUUUCUUGGUUUUGAAUAAGUAGACUUUUAAGAAUCUUUCUUUCGGUUGAUUCCUCCAUCUGGGUUUAUAGUAGUUAGUAGAACAUGAUAACAUAAUCCAUAUUCCCCCUUUCGAAUUUUGGUCUAUUCCUUGAUUCUCUUUGUAUGUGAACCUUUUCGCUCUGAACACCUACUGUAUUCUUAUAAAAUUCGGAGGAAUUUAGGGUUCGGAUAAGAUAGAAUCAUCACCCGUAUUUUGAGUUUAGAGAUUGGUGGUGAAAUCUUGCUCUUCCAAGUUUGAACUUUUUUUUUUCCUUUCAUGUUGGAUCCUUUGAUUGGACAGUUUAUAAAGAUUUGAUAGAAGGUUUUUCCUUUUUAUUGUUCUCCAAUAUUUUAGUUUAGUUUAUGUAUAUAUUCUUCUCAAACCAGCUGUUAUAAGUGGAACCCUGUUCAUAUUUAUACAUAUACUGUUUGGGAACUUAACUUUUUCUCUUUGAGUUACUUCUGUGGAUGAGUUUUAUCCAUCUAAUUGGAUUUGGCUUAAAAGUGGGACACCUUCUUUUGAUGCUAUGCUGCUCGUUUCUAUCAGUGAUCUCGGUGAAUCGUUUCACUAAUUGUAUAGAGAUGAAGCCUAAAAGUGGUGUGAAGAUUUGGAUGAAAUUUCUUGAGAUCUUUUCAGGGAACGCUUGCAAGAUCCAUCAUCACUACUAUCAAUAUAUUGGUUCAAGGGAAGUUAGAAAAGCAUGGUUGAGGAAGCUCUUGAUCUUAUGGUUUGUAUUUGGUACAAUUCUUUCGUUGUGGCUCUUUUGGUAUCUGAGAUCUCAAGCUAUGGAAAAGAGGAAAGAAACAUUAGCGAAUAUGUGCGAUGAAAGAGCUAGAAUGCUUCAAGAUCAGUUCAAUGUCAGCAUGAAUCAUGUUCAAGCUAUGUCGAUUUUGAUCUCAACUUUUCACCAUGGUAAAAACCCUUCAGCAAUUGAUCAGGAUACGUUUGCAAGGUACACGGAAAGAACUGCUUUUGAGAGGCCACUUACAAGUGGGGUGGCGUAUGCAGUUAGAGUGCUUCAUUCAGAAAGAGAAGAAUUUGAGAAGCAACACGGAUGGAGCAUAAAAAAGAUGACCCCAGUUAAUAAAGACGAGUAUAACCCUGAAGAAUUGGAGCCAUCACCCAUUCAACAAGAAUAUGCCCCUGUUAUCUUUGCACAAGAUACUGUUGCUCAUGUCAUUUCUCUUGAUAUGAUGUCUGGCAAGGAAGAUCGUGAAAAUGUUUUGCGUGCAAGGGCAUUAGGAAAAGGUGUCCUCACAGCCCCUUUGGAUCUUAUAAAGUCAAACCGACUUGGAGUUAUUUUGACUUUUGCGGUUUAUAAACGUGAUCUUCCCUCUAACGCGACACCAGAGGAAAGAAUCGAAGCAACUGAUGGGUAUCUUGGUGGAGUUUUUGAUAUCGAAUCAUUGGUGGAGAAGUUACUUCAACAACUUGCAAGCAAGCAAACAAUUUAUGUGAAUGUUUUUGAUACGACUAAUAUAUCGAAUCCUAUUAGUAUGUAUGGCACCAAUGUUUUAGACACUGGUUUGCAACAUGUUAGUCCUCUCAACUUUGGUGACCCCUCAAGAAAGCAUGAGAUGCGUUGCAGAUUCAAACAAAAACCACCAUGGCAAAUCUUGGCAAUAUCAACUGCUUUUGGAAUCAUUGUGAUCACAUUACUUGUUGGACAUAUCUUUCAUGCAACUUUAAAUAGAAUAGCCAAAGUUGAAGAUGAUUAUCACGAGAUGUCAGAGCUCAAAAUACGCGCUGAGGCUGCUGACGUGGCAAAAUCACAGUUUCUCGCUACUGUUUCCCAUGAGAUUAGAACUCCAAUGAACGGUGUUCUUGGGAUGUUGGAUAUGCUGAUGGAUACUGUUCUUGAUGUAACACAACAAGAUUAUGUUAGAACAGCUCAAGCAAGUGGAAAAGCUCUUGUUUCACUCAUAAAUGCGGUUCUUGAUCAAGCCAAAAUUGAAUCUGGUAAACUGGAGCUUGAGGCUGUCUGCUUCGAUCUUCGAGCUAUAUUGGAUGAUGUUUUGUCAUUGUUUUCAGGCAAGUCUCAAGAAAAGGGAAUCGAGUUGGCGGUUUACAUAUCCGAUAAGGUUCCGGAAACUUUGAUCGGUGAUCCAGGGCGAUUUCGUCAAAUCAUCACAAAUCUCAUGGGGAAUUCUAUUAAGUUCACGGAGAAAGGGCACAUCUUUGUAACAGUGCAUCGUGUUGAAGAAGUAAUGGAGUCGAUAGGAGUAGAAACCGAACCAUCAAAAAAAGACACAUUGAGUGGACUGCCUGUAGCCGAUAGAAACCGAAGCUGGGAGGGGUUCGGACCCGCAAUGGGAAUAUCCGAUUCCAUUACUUUGAUCGUAUCAGUCGAGGACACCGGCAUCGGAAUCCCAACCGAAGCCCAACCUCGGAUCUUUACUCCAUUUAUGCAAGUGGGCCCCUCCAUUUCCCGUAUACAUGGAGGAACCGGAAUCGGGUUAAGCAUCAGCAAGUGUUUAGUCAACUUAAUGAACGGUGAGAUCGGGUUCCAUAGCAUCCCGAAGAUCGGGUCCACUUUCACCUUCACCGCUGUUUUCGGGUUCGAUAGCAUCCCAAAAGUCAACGGCCAGUCAAAAUCAGAGUUUCAUGGCAUGAAAGCGAUCAUUGUCGACCCGAGACCGGUACGGGCGGAGGUAUCAAGAUAUCACAUCCAACGGUUAGGAAUGAAAGUAGAAAUCAUCCCGAGUUUGAUCAACAACUCGGUGUCCACAAACACAAGUAAAGUAAUUUUUUUAAUCGAAGAGGAUGUUUUGGAUCAAGAUUCAAGAACAAUAACUUUAAACCACAAGAUUCCGGCGAAGAUGUUUCUGUUGACGAAUUCAAUCGGUGGGUCCCGGAAAACCGGGCUCCCGGUGAUCACGAAGCCGUUGCGGGUGAGCAUGUUGGCGGCGGCGUUACAGCGGGCGAUGGGCGGCGGAAGCAGUGUGAGAAACGGGGAGGUCCCGAAAGUGUCUUUGUCAAAGCUGUUGGUUGGCCGGAAAAUAUUGGUGGUGGAUGAUAAUAAUGUCAACCUGCGGGUGGCGGCAGGGGCGUUGAAGAAGUAUGGGGCGGAGGUGGUGUGUGCUGAUAGCGGGAGGAAGGCUAUCUCGCUGCUAGAACCGCCUCAUUCCUUUGAUGCUUGUUUCAUGGAUAUUCAAAUGCCGGAAAUGGAUGGGUUUGAAGCAACAAGAAUGAUUCGGGAGGUGGAAUACAACAUGAAUAAUCGUAUGCAAAACGGGAAUAUAUCCAAGUGGCAUGUCCCGAUUUUGGCUAUGACUGCUGAUGUGAUUCAAGCUACACAUGAACAAUGCAUUAUCUCUGGAAUGGAUGGCUAUGUUUCUAAGCCAUUUGAAGCCAAUCAACUUUAUCAAGAAGUUUCUAGAUUUUUCCUAUAGUUGGAUGAACCUCAACCCCACACACAAAUUUAACGUGCGCCUGUUUUUUGAGGUGUUUUGGAAACGGGGUUCAAAUUCUUCACGAAGGAAACUAGAUGUGGUGACGAUAUAGUGUGUACAUAUGGAAGUCAUUUAUUGGUGGAGAUUUGUAUGUUUUGUAGAGCAAGUUAGAUACAGAAACCAAUUCAUUUUCCUCCACGUUGUUUUGAUCUAUUUGGUGGUUGACUUUGUGUGGUCAACUCAUGGACUCCUGUUGUUGUAGAGUUUGAAUUAGUCAUAUGGCAUCCCCACAAGAGAGGGUGAAGGAAGGAAGGAAGAAAGGAAGGAAUGUAUUGUGGUAUAUAUUUGUUGUAAGUUGAAAAUAAAUACGGUUACAUGUAUUUAGUAGUAAUAUAUACGUAUGGAGUACAAGUUUCAGGUUGAAGGUGGUUUUAGGACGCCAAAAGUUUAUUUGAUACACUUUGGUAAAUUUGUGUAAAUAAAUAUGCGAGCGAAUUCGGUUGUCUUUUUGAAUUUGGAAUAGUAUGUAAUGUUUUUUGUGGUCAUUGUAUGUAAAUAAAUUCCCUCAUUGAUGA